CCCGUCGGACGGCGGAACGCUCGUUAGCGGGGCGCAGCCCGCGGCGGGAGCGCGGCGGCGGCGCACCGCCUGCGCGGCGCCGUUUCCACGGCAACCGCCGAGCAGCGGCCGGCGUGGGAAGAUGGCGGCCAGGGAGCAGCCGAGCGAGGGUCGUUUCACUUUCCGCGCCCUGCCCCAGAAAACCUUCCCCGGGCUGGAGAGCCGGGACACCCAGGACCGGCUCCUCAAAUGGUCCAUGCAAGGCAGGAUCACAGCACAAGCAUUCAGUUUUGACCAGCCAUUUAAGCCCUAUCUGAAGGAUGAAUUUGUUAUGGCAUUUUUUAAUGAUCAAAAUGUGAUCUCCAGUUUAAAGUUGCUCUCAGCUUCAGGACAGUGGACUACACUGGGUUCCAAAGUGACCAAAAUUGAAGCUACAGUAGUGCCGUGUACACAGAUUUCAAUGUCAUUUUUUGAUCGUCUGUACACAGAAGGAGUUGUUAGAGAAACUGGACAUAUUGUGAAGUGUUACGAUGACUAUUAUGAUGAUAGUCUCAUCUCUGAUGAAUUAAGGAAGGCCUUACUUCUGGAAGAUUCAGACUGUUAUGACUUAUUCAGUCAGUCAGAUCGCAAGGAGUUUCUGUUUUGUCUUUUUAAGCAUCUUUGCCUUGGAGGAGCUGUCUGUCAGUUUGAGGAUGUACUUGGUCCAUACUUAGAAACUACAAAAGCUUUAUAUAAAGACUUGGUGAGUGUUCAAAAGAAUCCAGAAACAAAAGAAAUAAGCAUUACUUCUACCGUCUUCAGAGUGUCUGCAUAUGAUGAGAACGGCCUGUGUUAUCCUUCAAACAAAAGCCACGAACAGACGUUUGCCUAUUUGAUUGUGGACCCUUUCAGACGACACGUCCAUACUUUGUAUCACCGUUUCGGUGGAAGCAUAUUUGGUACCUAGGCACUAACCGGGUUGUUCCCCAGGUUUAGGACGGGGAUGUUCUUUCUACAGGAACUCAAGUAGAAAUUGCACUUCUGAACGGCUACGUGUUUUAUACAGAUGUUACUGUAUGGUUAGUGAAAAAGUUUAGUAUAGUUUUUGUAUAGUUUUCUACAGGCGUACUUUGUGAGGCUGUUUGCCUGGCGGUUUUGCCCCCUCUUCCCCCACCCGUGUUAUCUAAUAAAAAGCGUUUCUCCACAA